AGCAACAACAACAGCUCGUUGAAGUCUCGGCGCCACAAUUGCCGCAAGACGUCUCUCAGCAACUCUUGUUGCUACAACAACAAGCCCAACAGGUUGCUCCGGGGCAGCAGCUGGUGAUGCCGGAAGGCGGCGGCGCCGGAGGGGCGGCGGGGGAGCAGAGCGUGCUGGGAAAUGAGGAGCAGCAGAUGUCGGCGGAGCAACAGCAGCAGUUAGUGAACAUGUACAUGGCGAUGUCGCAGAACCCUGCGGCCCUGAUGCUGAUGCCUCACGUAGUGCAACAGCUGCAACAGCAACAGCAGCAACAGCAACAGCAACAGCAGCAGUACCCUCUGUUCAGCCGCGUGGCGCUACCGACCGAUCAAGUCACGGAGGACCCACCGACGUACGUGAACGCGAAGCAGUACCGGCGCAUCAUGAAGCGGAGGGAGGCGAGGGCCAAACUCGAGGCUCGCCGAAAGGUCGCUCCGCAGCGGAAGACAUUCUUGCACAAGUCCCGGCAUGACCACGCGAUGCGAAGGGUGCGAGGGCCGGGAGGUCGCUUCCUCACCAAGGCGGAGCUCGAGCAGUACCGCAAGCAGCUCGAGGCUCAAGACCCAGAGGGAGCCACCGCGCCGGCACCCCAACCAGGAAGCGGCAAGAAACAGGAACGUCCGCCGGCCCCGCUCAUGCUCGCCGGAGCUGGUACCGCAGCCCCCGCGGCAGCGGCAGCGGCAGCGGCAGCGCCGCCGACGCCGCCGUCGGAGUCCUUAGCGGCGUCGGCGUCGGCAGCCCAGGCGGCGACGGCGGCAUUAGAAGUCCCCCUUGCACCGGUGGCCACAACCGCCAGCGAUGGUACUACCAGCAGCAAUCCAUCAGUGGCGGCGGCGCCCCCCCCGUCAAUUCUACCGCCGCCAGUUCCGGUGCCGCUGCCGCAAUCCGCGCUCGGACUGCCUGCCGACAGCGCAGGUGGCGCGGCCGCCGCGGCCGCGAGCCUACAGUAGUAGGUGCCCCGAAGACAGAUUGCCCCCCCUGUGGGAGCAAGCUGUCGGUACGUAUGUAGCGAAAGUAGGUCAUACAUGUCGUGCGGGGUGGCCGUGCGGUGGGCUGGCGAAGGCGUUGUAGAUUUCCCUCACUACUUGUCCGGUUCUCCCCGAUAUGGUGAUUUGGCACAGCACUUGGUGGCGGAGAGGGAUUAUGAAGCCGGUUCCGUCGGUCAGCGACGUUUGCAGGCAUGCUUCGUCCUCCCAAGGCGAUGUGGGUACCAGCACUUGCUGUCUAUAGGGUGGUGGGGCAAUGAAAGCGUGCGCGGGAGGCUGACUGAUCCUGGUGAAUGCGAUUGUUGUGGGUACCGUCGUAAGCCGCACGUACUGGCUACAAUGGUUGCCCCUUGGAUAUCGACUGCGCACGCCUAGUUGGAGGAAGAAGUACUGGUGCUGCAGUAGCAGUCACACCCUCGCUCUGACUUUCCGCUUGGGGCGACGCUGCUUUGGUGAUGGUAGUUGGUGGGGGGGGGGGAGGGAUGUGUCGUUGCCAGGCCAGGCGAAAAAAAAUAUUUGAUUGGUUGGGACCAGAAGAGCAAGAGCCUCUAGUGAAGGGCCUCUAGCCCACUCACUCUCUUCCCUGCUGCAACCGCUGCGGCAGGUUUGCCUUUAGUUCCGUCGAUACUUAGUCGUGAUCUAGCGGGUCGAUCUGGUGAUUUGCUGUUACGUUGUUGUUCCGGUUGGUGAAAUUCAAAGGAUAGUGUGCCGUAGAUACAGCAUGUGUGCAAACCUCGCUUAGAUAUCGCUUCGAACACGGCCCCAAGUUUUGAUUUGGUGGUAAAUUGCUUAAGUAUUGUAUGUGGAUGGAUGGAGAAUCAAACGUGCUCCGUGGAUUGCAAUGCUACGUCGUCCCCGUUAGGCGCGUGGGGGUGUGAGGUAAUGUAAACUCAUGCCAUGGUCGUUAGACCAUUGACCUUGCAUCCCUGCAACACGCCGGGACGAAGCGAUAUGCCGGUGUUUCGCCGGCCCGUUUCACAAAGAUGAACCAGAAACUGGUCGAAGGGGGUUUGAGGGUAUACGAGUACAUACGAGCUAAGCAUGAUAAAGAUCUCCCUUUUUUUUGUUGUCUGUGACGUGUAUACUUCGAGUACCACCGUGUUGCUGUAUGUGCGUAACAAAAGCAAUCUGGUCCAACGAUGCAAAGUAUGGAGUAUGCAUAUGGACGCAACCGCCCCGUUGUCGGUUUGAUUGGUCAUGGUCACCUCUCCCCGCCCGUAGUGUGGGUGUAGCGGAAGUGUAACGGCUUUUCUUUGUGUUGAGUGGAAGAGACGUGGACAACGCGUGGUUUGCCGUGUGUUUUUUCGUCUGUGUGCGUCGACGGCGCUAGCCGGCUGAUGAAAACAAAAUGAGAAAAUGUGCGUUUCAAACGGGACUCCAGCGCCAUCCUUUUCAGUCGCGCACGCAGAGGGGCAUGCAUGCGCAUGCCGGCCGGCUGCGUACAAAAGGAUGACAUCAGCUGCCUCCCUUGACGCUUGUUGCCAAAAACACGCGAUGUUGUACCUAGCUGCCAGAUGCUGCAGGAACGUACAACCCUUCGCGUCCCCCACACGCAUGAACACAAAACACGCACGCCUCCGUUUAAAAUCUGGCGUGGUGCUAAUUCCAAAGCAAGACGUGGACUCUCAUGUGAUCCUAUGCAUAAAUGAAUUGACGCCGUUCCCGACCCACAUUUACGUCAACGUUUCGCCCGUGCACACGCUGGUCCCUCGCCCUUUCCUUUGCCUUCACCGACCGCUGUAAAAAGGGUGGGGUUGUGCGCAUCCACAUGCGUUAUUCACACUAUGUAAUCCAUGAACGUCUCGAGACACGCCUCGAGGAAUGUCGACGCGAACGAGCGUGGCCGGGUACGACGAUGCUUCCUCGCACACGCACAAAAGACUUUCGGUGGGUCACAAACCUCCUGCUCUUGUGUGACUUAUCUCUCUGUCUGCCCCCCCCCCCCGUCUUUCCUUCGCACGCUGCCCCCUCUCCCCCAGCAGCCGAGCCCCAUUGGAUGUCUGAACGACUCGCUAGCGUCAAGCGAUAAGGACAACGGUCGAACUCGAAUGGUCGUCCCCGGUUUGAUUUUCUAACAAAACACUGGACACCACCGCCGCCCCAAGAUAAAAUUGUUGUGCUGUCGUACGCUGCUGUGGUUACGCAUGUCUCAACUUUCUUCUUGUUUUUUUGUCCCAUCCGUCCCAUUGAUAGAGGCUGCGAUACAGCAGCACAGGAAGAUCACGCGAACCGUGUCCCAUCUAGAUUUUCUCGACAAAAUCGAUCAAUAUUUGCUCCGCACAUGUCCAUAUAAGCGCGUGGUCGAUGCUAUAUUUGCAAAUCACUCCUCUUGAUAUAGAAAAAAGGAAACAAGGCCUCACUGAGGACACAGGCUUCCCUCGUUGGGGGGAGGCCC